AUGUUUGUUGAUGCCCUUAGCGCACGAAACCUCAGUACGAACAAGGACAAAGGUGCAUGCAUCGCUUUUCUCUACUCAUCACCUGUUGUAGGCGUGGUGCAGGAGCUCCUGGGUCUCCUCCUGGAGGCGGAGGAUGCCGGGGACGCCUCCUGCGGGCCGGCGCCUCUGCUCGACGACGCCGUCGCGGCCCUCACCUUGGCCUUCCGCGCUCCGGCGCGGGGCGGCCUGGCAGCGGCAGAGACGGCCAACUGCUUGCGGAGACUGGUCUCUGCCUCGAGAGCUUCCGCGGCCUCGAGGCGCCUCACCCUCUUGGUGAGCAAGACCUUGUCUGAGAGGGAGGAAGGAGAGCUGGGCGAGUUCACCGAGCUGGUGGCUCCCACCAGUGCGGCACUUCUGCAGGAGCUGCUGGCUGCCGGUGAAGCGGGCGAAGCAGACGAGGCCUGGCUCGUGUUGUCCCGGCUGCUAUCUAGAGCUGGUUUCGAGCAGACAGCUGGGAUCCUCUCCAGGGGCUGGCCUUUUGGGGCUUCUGGUGCCAAAGCCGGUGCCGCCGGCUGGGUGUGCGGCCUCCUCCAGGCCGCAGAGGGCUUGGAGCGGCCGGCCCUGGAGCUCCUGAGCUCCGUGCGCCGGGCGCUGCGGGGCGCGGACCCCGCAGCGCGGCUCUUGCCGGAGGGAGUCGUGAGCGCAGCAGAGCUUCACGAGAAUGCGGUCAUCACCGGCCUCGUGCUGAUGCUUGUCUGA